AUGUUCGCCAUUUUCCGUGGCAGACGACUCAGGCUCCCACCGGAGCUCUCUAUUUUCGCCGCCCCUCAAUUUCGGACUGCUGAAAAUGCAGUAUUUUUCAGGUCUUUCACCACCGGGAGACUACCGCCAGGUGUUCGCGAAAAUGACCCAGAGAAAUCCUUCACUUUAUCCUACCUCGUCAGCUCAUGCGGGUUGGCUCCAGACGUCGCCGUCCGCGCCUCCAGUAAAGUCCAGCUGAAAUCGCCUGAAAAACCAGACGCUGUCUUGAAUCUCCUGAGAGAGUACGGAUUCACGCCCGCCCACAUCUCUGUAAUGGUCACCCGGUUUCCGAAAGUACUCUCUGCCUGCCCAGACCAAACCCUUUUGCCCAAGCUUGAGUUUUUCGCCUCCAUUGGCGUCCCCCUCCCCAUCUUGGCCAACAGGCUGUCCCUCUACCCUGGCAUCUUAUGGCGCAACCUUGAGAACUCAAUCAUCCCCUUAUGCGAUUUCCUGAAAAACCUGUUCGGGUCGGAUGAGGGUGCCGUUCAAGUCUUUAAAAGGGCUCCCCAGUUCUUCCACUGGGGCCAGCCAGGUAACCUCUCAUCCAACUUCUCGUUUCUUGUGGCCUGCGGGGUCCCUCAGCCAUCUCUCGUGUCACUGUUCACGACCUACCCAGCAAUGCUCGUGGUUUCUCAGGAGAAGUUAUCCUCGUGCAUGGGUCGAGCAAUAGAAAUGGGGUUUGACGUGACCAAAAAGACAUUUCUGAUGGCCAUUCGGGUUUUGAUGGGUUUGAAUGAGUCGACCCUUAAGCGUAAGAUGGCGGUUUAUAGAAAGUGCGGCUGGUCGGAAUCCGACAUCAGGACCGCCUUUCUGAAUCAGCCGCUUUGUAUGGCCUUGUCCGAGAAGAAGAUAUUGAAGAGUAUGGGUUUUCUUGUCGAUAAAUUAGGGUGUUCACCAGGUGACGUGGCUCGGUGCCCUUUGCUUCUUCGGUACAGCGUCGAAAAGAGAAUGAAGCCGAGGUGGGCAGUUGCUACGGUUUUGAGUGAGAAGGGGCUGAAGAAUGUGGCUGUCACGUCCUUGCUCACAGUGUCUGAGAAGACUUUCUUGAAGAACUAUGUCGAGAAGUACGAGAAGGAUGUUCCCGAACUUUUGGACAUUUAUCGAGGUAAUCAAAUCCUGUCCCGAACCUCUUGA